AACAAUAGUAAGUUAUGACUUAUGAAUGUUAUGAUUCCCCGUAAAGUUUUUAAUGUUUUUAUGUAGUUGGCGAAUGACGAGUGAGGUCGUUGUAGUCUUAUAUCGUAUAAGUCACACACACACGUCAAUUUUAUGUUUAACUACACAAUUGUACUCGUAGCUUCCUUUGUUUGACAACUACUAUCGCUUCUGUCGGGUGGUGAGUAGUGAUUUAAAGUUACUACUUAUUAGUUAUUACUUAAUAGUUAUAGUUAUCAGUGGUCAGUGGAGGGUACCGCGCUGCCGUGAUACUAAUCUCGGUGGAUCUCAUCCACGUCCCACAACAAUUGCGGACAAUACUUUUUUGAUAAUAUAUGAACAAAUCUAAAACAUUUUAAAAUUUAAUUAUAUCAUGUUUGAGUCGAGUUCUGUAAUAUUAUUACAUUCUGGGAACAUCACUAAUAAUCUCCAGACACUCAGGGCGUGUGCCAUUAUAUUGUCCACGGCCAUACACAAAGCAUAAAUUUCAUUUUACAACUGUAAACAAAAGAAACGAUAAUUUAAAUAAUUUGUUCCAACAAGUCUCAUACAUUGUUUGAUUGCUUCUGGUAUGCAAUACGGCAGUUUCUGUUACUCGACUAGUGUGGAUUGCAAGUCCUUGUUGUAAGCAUGCCCGUGGCAAUGAAUCAGAGACGCGUGAGCAAUUUCACAUACGUCAGUCCAUGCGUCAAAUACAUGAUAUUUUUGUUGAACUUUCUAUUUUGGUUAUUUGGCGGUUUGUUGGUGGCAGCCGGUACAUUUGCAUUUUAUGAAAAAUGGAAUACUAUGGGUUCUAUCAAAUUGAACACAUUCUCAGAUGUAAUACUUAAUAUCUCACUAGUUCUGAUCAUAGCUGGACAAAUCAUAUUCAUUGUUAGCUUUGCUGGAUGUAUUGGUGCUCUACGUGAAAAUACUACACUUCUUAAAUUUUUACCUUUCAAAAAUAUUGCUGCUCAGAUUGCAAAUGUUUUUGUCAGCAAUCUUAAAGUUGUAAAGACACCAAAUUUCAGUACAAAAAAUACUGAUAGAUUAAAGAAAUCAACACCCAAGAACAAUGAUAAAAUUAUUUUUAAGCAACUUGAUUGUUAUGACGAAUUACUUAAUAUUCAAAACAAGUUUCCAAUAUACACUAAUAAUUUAAAACCAAUGAAUGAUAACCAACUGAAUUUUUAUGAAAAAUAUGUUGACAUUGAUAGAGAUCAAAUAUUUAAUCUAAUGUAUAGCACUAUAGAACAAGCAAACAAUAGUGCUUGGAGGUUACAUAGACAAACAAGACUCUCUGCAAGUUCUAAAGCUCACCAAAUAAAUACAAGACGUAAUAGAAAUGAGGACUUAGCUGAACGUUUUGUAAAAGACAAAAAAAUAGUAGGAAAAGGUUUAAAAUAUGUAGAAUAUGGAAUGAGAAUGGAAGAUUUUGCUCUUAAAAAGUAUUCCCUGAUACAUAAUAUAGAUGUUAUUAAGUGUGGCCUGGUAGUUCAUCAAAAACAACCUUGGGUUUGUGCAAGUCCAGAUGGCUUAGUCAUUCAGAAUAAUAAGUACUCACUGUGCCUUUUAAUAUUCUUUCUACUUGAAAUGGGAAUUGCAAUUAUUGGAUUUGUAUUUCCUCACAACAUGCAAGCUACUUUGGAAGAGUCAUUCACUGAUAAAAUUAUUCAUACUUACCGCGAUGAUCCAGAUUUACAAAACCUCAUAGAUUUUGCUCAGAAAGAAUUUCAAUGUUGUGGUCUUAGUUCAGAAGGAUAUAUUGAUUGGUCAAAAAAUGAAUAUUUCAAUUGCACAUCACCAAGUGUUGAGAAGUGUGGGGUGCCCUAUUCAUGUUGUAUUAACGCAACAGAUAUUUCAAAAGGACUUGUAAAUGUCAUGUGUGGUUAUGGCGCUCAAGAUAGUUCUGUUGCUGAAGCUAGUAAAAGAGUUUGGACUAGUGGAUGUAUUGAAGUAAUCCGUAUAUGGGCUGAAAGAAAUUUAUACACAAUUGCAGGAGUAGCAUUAGGUGUUGCUUUAUCUCAGCUUCUUAUUAUCAACUUAGCCAAAACAUUAGAAGGGCAAAUUGACUUACAAAAAUCCAGAUGGGCUUCUUGAAAAAUAAUUAAGGUAUGGGAAACAAGAUAAUGUUUUCAUAAUAUUAUUUUAUGGUAUCAAAAUAAUAUUGUAUUUAGUUACUACAACAAUUUUUAAAAAAUCUAAAUUUCUACUUAAUGAUGUUUUUAUAUAAAAAAAAAGCUAUAUUUUAAUUAUUUGAUUUUGAAUUUUUAUUUUAUCAAUUUUUAACUAAUACUAUUUAAACUAUUUUUACUUAUUUUUUUUCUAUAUAUAUAUAUAAAAUUUGUAUGUUUAUAAUUUUUAAUUUUCUGACAAUUUUUUUUUAUUACUAAGUAUAUUUAAAUUUUUUUACAUAGUCAAUUCAAAUUUAAGGAUGUAAAUAAUACAUUAAGUUUGAAAUCGCCCUGUGAUAAUGGGCCCAACUAUCUAAGAAAUGUAAUAAGAAUUUUAUAUUUUAGCAUGCUCUAAAAUGUCCAUUAUUUUAUAAUAAUUAUAUUAAUUACAUUUAUUAGUAUAUCUAUAAUUUAUAAUUUUAUUUAAAAUGCCAAUUAUAAUCUCUUACUUCACAUUUAGUAUUUUACAAUUUAUUUUUUGCUCAUUCAUUGAUAGUUUGGUUCAUGAAUACUAUGUAAUUCCUAUAUUAUUUUAAUGUAUUAUUUUUUAAUUGAUUUAUAAUUCACUACUUAAUUCUGAUUUAAACACAUACCAUCGUUAAUAGAAAUGAAGAAUAUAAUUAUGUAUUGGAUAUUUAGAAUAUGUUACUAAAAUAGUAGGUACUUCUUAAAAAUUGUAUGAAAUACCUACUAGUUUUGUAAGGUGGAUUUCAAAUCUGCCUGCAUAUUUUAUACCAACAUCACACAUAAUUAUUUUAUUUUUUAAUGUUAAUUACAUGAUCAUUUUUUAUUAUUAUACAAAAUCAUUUUUUUUUAUUUUUUUUCAAAUACUUAAAGGAGCACACAACACAAAACAAUUUUUUCUUUAAAUUACUAUUAAUGUGUGAAUGUAUUCCUAUCUAUUAAAAAGAAUUUGGUAAAAAUUUAUUUUAUUUAGGAAAUAUUAAGAUAUUUAGAACACCCACUUGACGUCAUUUUACCGAGCUUUCUGUAAUUACCUAUCUUAUAAAUGUAAAAGUUGCAUGUUUCACCUUCUGAUUUAUAUACAUAAAAGUUUUAUUUUGGAUGGUUAAUUUAUGAAUAUGUGAUUUUUAUUCUAAAGACAAAGAAGAAUCAAAAUUUAAUUACUGUGUUUAGUUUUUUUUAAAUAUUGGAGGUAGGUAAACUGUUGCUUUAUUAUGUCGUAACAGAAUGAUGCUGUUAUAACAGGUUUAUGUUUCACAAAAAUUACUUAGGAUUUUAAUAUUUAAAAAAAAAUACUUAAUUGAAAUUUUGAUUCAAUUCCUAUUAUCCAAACACAUAAAAUUCAAAAAUAUAGUUUUUAGUUAUUUAAAUUAUCACAUGUAGUGAGUCAAUUUUAUCUGAUUAAUAGGUAAUUAAGUCUAGCUUGGUUCAAUGAUGUCACAUAACUUAAAUUCAUCAUAAGUGAAACCAAUACUAUUUUUCUUAGAAUUGAUCAUACUUUUAAAUGAAAAUAACUUAAUUUUUGUAUGACAUGCUCCUUUAAAAUGUAGUUAAAAAUAUGAUCUUAUGUAUUUUUAUAUGAUAUUGUAAAUGUUUAUAGUAUGUGUGUAUUAUAGUAAAGUUAAUAAUACUAAUUAAGUGUGAUACAUUUUUAUUACUUUUUUUUUUUACUGUUUAGAUUACCAAAGAUAAUAUUAUAUAAACAAUUAAAAAUAUAUUUUUAACACUA